AUGACCAAGUUCCCAUUCGGCGUAAACCUGACUCUACUCCCGGCUAUGGUUCCCCCUGACUACGGAGCCUACGCCCAAGUCAUCGUUGAUUCGGGUGUCAGAAUUGUCGAAACAGCUGGCAAUAAUCCUGGCCCGAUCAUUGCGCAAUUGAAAAAUGCCGGUAUAAUUGUCAUACACAAGUGCACGACCAUCCGACACGCCAAGUCUGCUGUGAAGCUAGGCGUGAACUUUUUGUCUAUUGAUGGAUUCGGAUGUGGCGGUUACGUUGGCGAGCAUGAUAUAACAAACUUCAUUCUGCUGAGCCGUGCCCGGCAGGAACUAGGCGUUCCGUUCAUCACUGUGAAAGAAGCUAUCGUCAGUGCACAGGAGACCGAUACUGCCCUGAUCCUCCGCCGAUGGAGCAAUACUUCCCGCAUGUUCUCCAACAAGCUCCUCCAAGAAGCUUUGACAGUCGAGAAAACUAGUAAUACAGGUGACUUCAGCGAGAUUGGCCCUUACGUUAGCGGUAAGCGCGGCAUGUUUUCCUAA